GCAGGGCAGAGGAGGGCCGGGGUGAACCAGCAGGUGCUGACCAGCAGAGUCGGGCGGGAACGCUCCGUGAUUAGGAUUUUCCUUUAGAAAAAUCCUGGAGAUAUCUCCCAUCACAAGAUGGCAGAGAAUGGAAUUAAAGGAAAGCCGCCGUACUCGGUUGAAACUCCAUACGGCUUCCAAAUCGAUCUGGACUUCCUGAAAUAUGUGCACGACAUCGAAAAAGGAAACACCAUCAAAAGAGUUCCCAUUCAGCGCCGCAGCAAGGGUCCGCGUGCCAGCACUCUGCCCAGACACCUCAGCCCUUCUGGCUACCGCCCCAGUGCCUGGGGCUCCACCGGGGCCCUGGGCCCCCGGUCCCGGCUGUCCGACGGCCAGCAUCACGGCUACAGCUCCUGUGCGUACAAUCACAGGGCGCCCCAGUCCCCCACGGGGCUCCACUCUCUGGCAGAAAUGGAAGCCAGAAUCAAGGAGUUUGACGAGCAACCUCUUGGAGAGCACAUCAGGCCUCACCUCCUUCGCGCCUCCAGUUUGCCGCUUACGGUCUUGCUGAGACAGGAGACGGAGUCCACGGAUGAGCGGAGCAGCCUGCGGGGUUCAAGGGAUCACCUCGGGGGGAGAAACACCUCCUGCGAAGACGUCUUCUACUCGGCGGACGGCCCGCGGCCGCAGGAAAGCCACAGUCUGCUGAGGCGUCUGACCGAGGCCCUGGAGCGCGUUGGGGAGCUGGAGAUGGAAAUGAGGGUCAUCCCUGAGCUCAGGGCACAGAUCUGCAUCCUCCAGGAGGAAAGAGAGAGACUCCGCCUGGGGCUGGUUCCACACAUCCCUCCGUCCUCCACGGUGAACGGAACUACCGAGCCCAAAGCCUCCCGUCAUUACAACAAGGUGCACGUCAAAAAGCCCCAACAGGAAACUCACAUCAUGUUACAGAGAAAUCGAGACAUCGCUCAGGGGGAGUCGAAUCCCACGCACGAGUGGAAGACGAGUACGGAUCUGGACGAGCUGCUGACGGUGACAUCCCUGCAGGCCAAAGUGGCCGUGCUGGAGCAGAAGCUGGGCGAGACGGAGCUGGAGCUGCAGAGGGUGAUGGGGCUGCUGAGGGAGCAGCGGACGGAGAGCAGGAGGAAGGAUGAGAAGAUAGAGCAGCUGAUCAGGAACCCUGGGGAGUGGGUCCUGGCGGAGAAGGUGGUGGUGGACCAGGACGGGGAUGAGACAGUGGUGAGGACCACUGAAGCAGAUCACAAUAAAGUGUCCUCCUUCAUCUGCACAAGAACUGUUACCCCAAAUGUUCAAAGAUACCGACGCAGAGACUGUGAAACAUCUGCUGUGUGUGUAGAUACUGCUGGUGAGGGCACUGAUCCUGCCGUUGCCAUCCACCACAUCAAGAGGAUCAAGGAUCUUCUGGAUCAGCAAUGGCAGUGUGUUUGUGGACGGGGUAAAGCAGAGGGUAGACCUCCAAUGCACCCAGAUCCCAAGGUCAACUCCCUGCAGCAGGAGAUGAUGGAGCUUGUUGACGUCCUGAUGUCCCAGUACAAGCAGCAGGAACGUGGCGAUGGCUCCAGGUCCACCGCCAAGAUUGAUGGAUGUGUCCAGAAGCACAGAGACCUGCACUCUCUUGCUAAUGAAGGGGAAACUUUGAGCGCAGAUUUUAUGUCUGCUUGUCAUUUACUCAAAGAUCACACGGACAACAUGGAAGACCUCAGUGAUGACAUGAGGAAGGCGCUGGUCACGGUGUUCCAGCACUGGUUCAGCUCUGCAGCAGAAGAGGCUUCGGAGGCCUCCAGGGUGGCCGUGUACCUGAGGGAGGUCAAGAAGGCCACGCCGUCGAUGCUGGCCUUCCUCAUCAACCUGGCAGACGACAACGGCAACACGGUCCUGCACUACAGCGUGUCCCACUGCAACUACAGCAUUGCCGGUCUGCUGCUGGACACGGGCCUGAGUGACGUCAACCUUCAGAACAAUGCCGGCUACACGGCGGUGAUGUUGGCCUCUCUAACGGCCCCCGAUGGACCUGGUGGUAUGGAGGUCGUCCGCCGGCUGAUGGAGCAGGGGGAUGUUAACGUCCGCUCCAGCCAGACAGGCCAGACUGCUCUACACUUGGCGGUGCGACACGGGCGAGUGGUCAUGGUCCGCCUGCUGCUGAGCUGCGGGGCAGACGCUAACGUCCAGGACAGCCAGGGGACAACGGCCCUCAUGUUUGCCUCCGAGAGAGGCCACACACACAUCGCAAGACUGCUGCUGGAAAGAAGCCAGAGCGACCUGAUGCUCACCGACAAGAGGGGUCAAACUGCGCUCUCAAUCGCCAUGCAGGGUUCCCACGCCGACACGGUGGCCCUGCUGCAGGCCCACGCUAAAGCCAGAGCUCUCUAAACUGGAAGAUCUGCUGUCCUUUCUGUCUCAGCCACUUCGCAACAGCGCCACUUUAGAGGUUGACUUUUCUGAACUCUGGAUUGCUGCUAAGAUUAGCUCUUGGUUAGGACGUUAAUGCUUUGGAUGAUUGUUGGCUGUUGAUGCACUAAACAGUGAAUGUGGAGAUUUUGUUGAUGUUUCAGUUAUCUCUAAUAUUUGCACGUAUACUUCACAGCUCAUCUCCAUGUAAUACGGAAGUGUAUUAGGGCCAGGCAGGAGAAAAAUAAAAAUAAUAUUUUAGAGGAAGAAGAUUUUUUUUUCAUAAUGCACUUCGAGGAAAAAGUUGAAAUGUUGAGAAAAAAGUUGAAAUGUAGAGAUUAAUGUCGAAGUACAAU